ACGCUGUACGCUGCCACACUCGGGAGGAAGAGGAAGAACGUAACCUCGAGAGGGUGAACUGGGAGGUCCAUCUUAUUUACACCGGGCAGAUCGCUCACAUUUGGGCCUGUUGGAAUUUUUGCGACAAUAAAAGUUGAAAGCUGGGUGUUCAGAGAUGAGCAGUUCAGAGGAAGUGUCAUGGAUCUCCUGGUUCUGUGGACUAAGGGGGAAUGAGUUUUUCUGUGAGGUGGAUGAGGACUACAUCCAGGACAAAUUCAACCUGACAGGACUCAAUGAGCAGGUUCCUCACUACCGCCAGGCUCUAGACAUGAUCCUGGACCUCGAACCAGAUGAGGAGCUCGAGGACAAUCCCAACCAGAGCGACCUGAUCGAGCAGGCGGCCGAGAUGCUGUACGGCCUCAUCCACGCACGCUACAUCCUCACUAACAGAGGCAUCGCACAGAUGUUGGAGAAAUAUCAACAGGGAGAUUUCGGCUACUGCCCCCGGGUCUAUUGUGAGAAUCAGCCCAUGCUUCCUAUUGGUCUGUCAGACAUCCCGGGAGAAGCCAUGGUGAAGCUGUACUGUCCUAAAUGUAUGGACGUCUACACACCCAAGUCCUCCAGGCACCACCACACAGAUGGAGCCUACUUUGGCACUGGCUUCCCCCACAUGCUCUUCAUGGUUCACCCUGAAUACAGACCCAAGAGGCCCGCCAACCAGUUUGUCCCAAGGCUGUACGGGUUUAAGAUCCACCCCAUGGCCUACCAGCUGCAGCUGCAAGCCGCCUCCAGCUUCAAGAGCCCCGUCAAGGCCAUCCGCUAGACGAGGAGGAGGGUUCUUCAACACAGAGAGAGAAAGAGAGAGAGAGAUAGAGGAAAGAAUUUUGAUCAGAAGGGGAGGGGUCACCUGCACUUCACAAAGCUUUGCAGGUGCCCCCUCCCCCGCCUGAAGACUGUAUUAUUUUUGGUUUAGAUUAGGGCAAAUGAAAACGUGUAAGGAUUUUUGAGUGUGAGAGAGAAAAAAAGACGCACAGCCAUUAUCUUAAACACACACACACACACACACACACACACAGACAUACACACACAGACAUAUUCUGCCACACACACGGGAUUCCAUGCACAUACCUUACCAAACUCAUCAGUGCCAAAAACAGGAGGUGAGAUAAGAGGAAGCCGAACAAGGGGAUUAACGCUGCUUCACUCGCAUUACAAAGCACACUGAUGAGACGUGACGUAAUCAGUGACACCACGGGAACAUUUUCCCCAGCAGAGAAGUUUAAAGUCAGAGCCGUUCAGCUGAAGAAAGCGACAUUUUUCUGAGCUUGUUUUCACCUCUGGCUCUGUUUGUUCUGUAUUUGGCACAGUUUGGUUAAGAGUGGUGGUAAACCCUCCGUCUUUGAAAGCCUGUUACCCCCUCCCCUCGCCCCCCUUCAGUGCAUGUACACUCAGGCUGGCACUCGCAGAGACAGUUCGGACGGUGGAGGUGGAUGUUUUUUGUGUAUCAGUUGUCAAAUUUGGUUCUUUGUUUUUGUCUAAUCUUUUGUACAAGCAUUCUGUUGAAUUUGCCUUAAGAUUCAGAGAAAACCCAGAUUGUUUUUUGUUUUUUUUUAGGAGGCACAAGCAUUUAUUUCUUCAUGUUUUCAGCUGUAAGAGAACAUUAAGUAGAAUUAAAUGAAACUAACAUGAAUUUCAGACAAUUGUAAUCAUCCCGAGUCAUUUUUCCAGCUGUCUGUGCAUGUGUCAAACAACUGUUUGUAAUGGUACUCAAGUGAAAAUAUAACCUGUGCAACAUUUUUCUGAGCAGCAUCCUGCUGCAUCUGCGUUUGUAUUGUCACCCUUUGCCCCGUAGCUUUAUCUCCUUUGAAGUAAUAGUUUGACGUUUUCGGAAAUACGUCUAUGUGCUGAGAGUAUAGAUGAGAGGAUUGUCACUACAGGAUGAUAGGUGUACACUACCGCAAGUGGCCAGCCAGCUUCUCUUCUAGCUCAAAGGUGAGAAAUUGGAAAACUGUUUGCCUGACUCUGUCUGAGCAAAAUCCUCCACGUAUAUUUUAGUUUUUUUCAAUUAACAAACAAGGCCAAUAACGGGGGGGAGGAACGUGCAGCUGCAGACAGGGUUCAGGCAGUUUUCCUUGUUCAAUCCAAGAAAUAGUCCAGAUCUAAAACCAUCAGUCGCACAUUCUUAAAAACCACGACUUGCUCACAUAUAGCAUACAUGUUGAUUUUUGAGCUUCAGAGCUGCUACAGCUCACUAAAGCUCACCAAUUAAUCCAGUACAGUUUAUUUUUAAUCUGUACAACAUUUCUGAGGAAUAGUUGGCCUCAUAGUCAACAUUAAAACAAUGCAAGGUUUACAUGUUUUUUACAUUUUAAACAAGACGCAUCAUAACUGGUGAGAAUGUGGUGGGCUAGCUGUGUCUUUUUGCUGAGCUGACUGACCUCUUGUGGAAGCUGUAGGUUUCAGUUGUUUCGUUUAUCUCUUUGUCUGAGAGCAAAUAUUUCCGAAAACGUCAGAUUAUUCCUGUAAAUAAUCCAGGAGGAGACUCAGAAAGAGGAAUUAAGACAAUCUGAAUCCUUCAGCUCACUCCACCACUGCACUGAUCCUCCUGCUGUCUCUCCACAGCACAGUCUCCUUAUUUAUGAUCACGUUUAGAGACAGACAGAUAGACAGACAGACAGACAGACCACCAGCCGCCUUCUUGGUUUUGUUUCUCUUUGAAGCCCCAGGGCAGAUACUCGGUCGCCCCCCCUCUACUCCCUCAUCUCUUUACUUCAGACUUCUCCUGUAGUGUGACUGGAACAGGUUGUUGUUUUUUUGGAUUACACAAUACAAGAGGAAAGGUAUUUAUGUGUCCAGAUUUUAACUAACAUUUGUCUUUGUUGUUGUCGUCUUUCUGCUACUGUGGAAGGGUGAGCAGGAUUCAGAAUUCUCAAUAAACUUAUAUUUUCUUUUCAUA